UGAAGAAGAAUAUUAAUCUUAUCAAUGUUGUUUUGAGGACGUGACGUGUCGCUACGUGUCCAAACUCUCCACUUUCACCGUCCAGGCUGCGGACCUUCUCUCUACGCCAUGGCCGAAGAUAUGCAUCUGUAUUGGGGCUCCGGGUCUGCUCCGUGCUGGAGAGUCAUGAUCGCCCUGGAGGAGAAGAACCUGCAAGGCUUCAAGAAUACGCUGCUUUCCUUCGACAAAAACGAGCACAAGUCACCCGGCGUUUUAGCCCAAAACCCCAGAGGACAGCUUCCAACUUUCAAACAUGGCGACAACAUCCUGAAUGAAUCCUAUGCAGCCUGCUUCUACCUGGAGAGUCAGUUCAAGUGUCAGGGGAGCAAGCUGCUCCCAGAUGGCGCAGCGGAGCAAGCUCUGGUGUACCAGCGCAUGUUCGAGGGGAUCACCUUCUACGACAAACUGUUCGCAGUCAUCUACUACGAGUGGUCGGUGCCCGAAGACGAGCGGCACGAGUCGGCCUUCAAGAGAAACUGCGAGGCCCUGGCCACCGAGCUCCACCUGUGGGAGGGUUACCUGCAGGCGGGACCUUACCUGGCUGGCCCCAACUUCUCAUUGGCUGAUGUGGCUGUUUUCCCAACGGUGGCGAAUCUUUUCCGAUAUGGGCUGACUGCUGUGCGUUACCCGAAAUUGUCUGAAUAUCACACCCUGCUGAAGGAGCGACCCAGCGUCCGAGCCAGCUGGCCUCCUCACUGGCAGGAGGACCCCACUGGAGAAGACACACUCAAAGACCUCUGAGGUUAUCGCCGUCCAAACCAGGGGUGGGGAAGCGUGUUUUUUUUUUUGUUUUUUUUUUGUCAUUUUCGCUGCUCCAAAGUCUACCACGUGUUUAUGACUAACACAAAAACAACAACCAGGAGCAUUCAUGCAUCACAGGGCUUCUUUGUUUCUGUUCUGCGUUCCCCUUUGCAGAAAUGAAGGCAAUAGUUCCAACAGGAUGUGGAUGCAAUCAAAGAGAACGGCAUUAAAUGAAGUGAAAAAUAAAGGUGUGUACAAUCCCAAAA